AUGGCAGAUCCGAUUAAUCCUGGUGGCGGUUAUCGUAAAGGGAGUGCGGCACAAGAAGAAAGUUUUUUUCGUCGUUCAGACUAUUAUCAAAGUCUUGACUUAGAAAUCGCUGAUCUCAAUCGAUCUCAAAGAUUCCAUUGUACAGAGAAAUGUACACUAGAAAGGUUACCAUCUUAUGGUAGACUUUAUAGUAUGGAUGAAUUUGGAGCUAUUUACACAUCAGGCAUUACAGUAUUUCGUCAGGCGGAGCCUAAUGGUUAUGCUUAUAUGGAUGAACCUCUUUAUAAUGUCUGUUCAAUUGCUAUGGCUGCCUAUCGAGAACCAAAAUUAAAAAAUAACACGACCGUCACAAACAAAUAUGCAGCAGGUACCUAUAAGAAAAUUGAAAAUAUAUUUGCCAUUGGUCAUCACCAUCAACAUGAUUCUCUCGUUUUGUCAGCAUUCGGAUGUGGUGCCUUUAAAAAUCCGCCUAGACACAUAGCAUUGCUUUUCAAGUCGGCUAUUCAGAAAUAUGCUGGAUAUUUCAGAAUUAUUUAUUUUGCUAUAAUUGAUGAUCAUAAUACAGGUCAUACAGUCAAUCCACAAGGCAAUCUUCUUCCAUUCAAACAAAUACUCGACGGUUUUGUUGCGCAACCAUCACAUACAAUAUUUGUUAAUAGUGCAAGAGGACCUUAUCGUAUUUUGGAUAAACCAACCGACGAACAAAUUACACUGAGUAGUGUUUGUGUUUUUGAUCAGCCAUCAUGCUAUUAUGGUGCUAAAUGCAACGAUCUUCGAAAUAUUCAACAUAAUAAAGAUUAUUCCCAUCCACCUCUGUGUCCCAAUUCAGAUAAAGCAUUACCAUGUAGCAGUUUAAUCGAUGAUGAAAUUCAUGCAUAUUGUUUUAUUCAUAGAUUGAAAUGCAAGAAUGGUGGUGAGUGCAGCAAUACGGAUUCUGAACAUCAAAAUGAAUAUGAUCAUCCUGGAUUUUGCAAUGAUCCAAUUCGUUGUGGUGAUAUGAGUGCAGAACAUCUUUUUGCCUAUCGACAUCUUCCUUCUUGUCAAGAAGGAGUCAUGUGUUCGCAAUAUCUAAAGAAAGAUACAGAACAUACAAACAAAUUUCGUCAUUUUAAAGCAAUCUGCUCACAAUGUUACAAUAAAACCGAACAACAUUUGCAGACUUCAAUUCAUAUUGCACGCAAAUUUUGUCCAGAUAGCAAUCAAUGUUCAAAACUUGAUCAAGAUGAUCAUUUAGAAACAUUUUCUCAUCCAGAGAUUUUUGAUAUUCGUUGGCUGUGUAAAUAUCCAGGUUAUCAAUGUCCUAAUCGAUUGAAUAAUCAACACUUGAGAAAAUAUCGGCAUAGUCGAAAUCAUAAUCAUGUUGGAGUAGCUAGAUAUAGUGGAUUCAAUACGUUAAUUAAUUUUUUUGAAAAUCAAGCUAAACUCAUUGAAUCCAUAAAUAACCACUUCAAUAAAUUAUCUUUAGAUAUACAAAAACCAUCUUCAGAAAUACUGAGUUGGGUUCGAGCUUUACAACCUGUCCAUCGAUGUCAACAACAUGUGUUUGAAUCGAUUCUUCUUCACAACCAUGUGAUGAGUCUUGAUUACAUGGAAUCAUUGAAAUAUCCACAGAAUGUAAUCAAUGCAGUGCAACAGCACUAUGAAGUACGUCGUAUUUUAUUUCAUUAUAAUAAUCAAGCACUGAAAGAGCAUAUAUUUGAAUACAUUGCAACAAUAAUCAAUCGAAUAACAAACGAAGUAACAUUAUCUCAUGCUGGUGCGAAUAGUAUAUACAAUCAUGAAAAGAUUGAAUAUAAAUUUAAUACGAAUGAAUUAGAUUUAUCCAAAAUCGAUUUUAUUCAUGUUAGUGCCGGUGCACAAGAUGUACCUGUACGUAAUUUGACAAUAAAUCAUGAACUAAUAUCUGAAUUGCAUCCAUCAUUUGAUGAAGAUUUUAAAAUAGACACUUCUCAUUUAUUGCCUAAAAUGAAUGAAAACAGAUCGUGUUAUGUUUCUACCGUUACUGCUCCUAGUAACUGUUAUGUAACUACUUCUACAAAUGAUACUUUGAAUGUUAAUUCUGAUGUUAACUCUACUACUAGUUCGUGUGAUAAUACGUCUGAACAGACUUGUGUACCGAAUCCAUACACUAAACCAAAAGAUACUUUAUGUUAG